AUGACUCCUAAUGACUCCACUCAAUUUAAUAAAAGAUCAUCAGAAAAUUUAUUUAUUGCUGAUCAUUUUUUACAACCUCCACAAAAGAGGCAUUCGAUAGGUUGCUCUAUUUCAAGGUCUAAUUCUGCUCCACAACAAUCAUCUAGAUCCAUUAGAAAUUAUGCAUUGAAAAGAUCUCCAUCUCCAAUCAGACUCUCUAGAAGACAUCCAUAUCAAUAUACUGGACAUAAAAAUUCUAGUAGUGUCACUAGUCUUCAUACACCUGUAAAAAAUAAUAAUAAUCAUAAUGAUGACACAUAUAGAUUGCCAGUUUUACAAGUUCAUACAAAACAUACAUCAAUUGAUAAUGGAUUACCAUCGCCAAUUCCAAGUCCACAAAAGCAAUUCCAUCAUUUACCUGGUGAACAAUUGUUAGUGAAACAAACUUUAGUUAAUAACUUUGCAGAUUUGAGUUUACUGCCUUCAAUCAAUGGUCAAUGUCAUCAAAUUUUUAAAAUUCCGGAAAUUGUUGAAAUAAUAAUCAAUAAUUUAUAUUUAAUGGAAUUUCAACAAGUGAAUGAUAUUGAAAGAGUGUCCUCCACAAGAGCCAUUUCAUCAUCUUUAUCAACAUCUAAUGACUCUAUUCAACAGUCACAUAUCAUACAAAGAGGUACUCUUCAUAACUGUGCCAAAGUAAAUAAAUUAUGGCACGAUAUCUCAAUGAAAUAUUUGCUAAGAAAUUUAACCUUUAAGGAUUCAAAUAAAUUGGUUAAUUUUAUGUUUAAUUGUACGACUUUAUACAAAUCCAAUAAGAACGAAACUAAUUAUCCACGGUCAUUAACUCUUUACAAGUUAAACCAUUUUAAAACUGAAGACCUACAAUUGGGAUUUAAUCCAAUAACGCAAAAGAACAAUAACAAUAUUCAUUUCAAUGAUUUGCAGAGUCUUCAGUUUUAUAUUUGUCCAAAUUUAUUACCGAUACAUUCCUGGUUUAAAGAAUUUAGAAAUUUGAAAAGAUUAUCCCUUCCUGGUAACAGAAAAAUUAAUGAUAAAUUUAUGAUUGAGAUAUCUUUACAUCUUGAAAAUUUAGAACAAUUGGAUUUAAGAGCUUGUUAUAACAUAACCGAUGUUGGUGUCGUCUCUAUAGCAUCUCGUUGUAAAAAUUUGAAAAUGAUUAAUCUAGGAAGACAUAAGAAUGGUCGUUCAAUUACAGAUGUCUCUUUGGUAGCAUUAGGUAAAUAUACUAAUGUAGAAACUGUUGGUGUUGCAGGUUGUGAUAUUACAGAUAGUGGCCUUUGGGAAUUUGCCAAAAGUAAUGGGAAUAAUAUAAAGAGAUUAUCCUUGAAUAAUUGUAAAAAAAUAGGUAAUAUGUCAAUUCCUUAUUUGGUUAGUUAUAAUUAUUUUCCUGAAUUAGUUGUUCUAGAAAUUAGAGAUCUGGAUAAUUUAACUAAUAUAAAACCUUUAAUCAAAUUUAAAUUAUGGAAAAGAACACAAAAUAAACCAUUAUUAAUCGAAAGCUGUAAUAGAAUUUCUCAAUUAUUGAAGUUUGAAGAAGAAAAGAUGAAGAAGAAGAGGGCAAUAGCAUCGUUACGUGAAAUGCAGCAAUGGAUUAAUGAGGAUGACGAAAAAUGA